AUGGCCAUCGUCACUUACGAUGGAAACGACAGUAUUACAUUUUUUACUCACCUUAAGCAAGACGUACACGUCCUCCAUUUAGCCGGACGGGCUUUAGGCGGCAGCGGCGGCGGCGGCGGCAGCGGCUGCAGCGGCAGCGUUCUGGGCGACGAUGAUUCGCGUGACAUCCAGUCAUUAGCACGUCAUCGUCGGCGUGUGCACGUGACCGGCGGCGGUGGCGGUAAUAUUAUCGGGGACGGCCUCUGGGCAGUCUCGGCCGCGGUGGUGUUUCGGGGGCGCGGAGGCGAAGAACCGAACGAUAUGCGACCGGCGGCGGCGGUGCCGGAGACCUGUUGGACGGAUAGAGACGUCGCGUGA